UCUCUAGUGAAGAACGAGCUGAACACAUUCAAGAAUCUCCUGAGUCCAGAUUACCCAGCAUGCUCUGAGGAAGAGGUGCAUGAUGAUCAAAGGGAGGGUGUGCUGAAGGUCACACUGCACAUCCUGAGGAACAUGAAUCAGACAGACCUCGCUAACACACUAGAGAGCAAAUUAGCCCCAGCAUGUCAACAAACGCUCAAAUCCAAUCUGAGGGAUAAAUAUCAGAUACUUAAUGAAGCAAUCUCAGGCUAUGGAAACUCAACACUUCUGAAUGAGAUCUACACAGAGCUCUACAUCACAGAGGGAGGGGUUGGAGAUGUCAAUCUGGAACAUGAGGUGAAACAGAUUGAAGCUGCAUCCAGGAAAAAAACAACACAGGAAAGACCAAUCAAAUGUAACGACAUCUUUAAACCCUUACCAGAACAGAACCAGCCCAUCAAAACUGUACUGACUAAAGGAGUUGCUGGAAUUGGGAAAACAGUCUCUGUGCAGAAGUUCAUUCUGGACUGGGCUGAAGGAGAAGAAAAUCAGGAUGUUCUCUUCAUAUUUCCACUUCCUUUUAGAGAACUAAAUCUGAUGAAGGAGAAGAAGCUCAGUCUGGUGAAUCUUCUUCAGAGCUUUUUUCCAGAAACACAAGAUUUAAAACCAAGACAUUAUAAGAGCUACAAGAUCAUGAUCAUUUUUGAUGGUCUGGAUGAGUGUCGCCUGCCUCUGGAUUUCCAGAAGAAUAAGAACUUGGAGGAUAUAGAAGAGCAAACAUCAGUGGAUGUUCUGCUGACGAACCUCAUCAAGGGGAAUCUGCUUCCCUCUGCUCUCCUCUGGAUCACCUCUCGACCAGCAGCAGUCAGUCAGAUCCCUCCUGAGUGUGUUGACCAGGUAACAGAAGUGCGGGGUUUCAGUGACCCUCAGAAACAGGAGUACUUCAGGAAGAGGAUCAGGAAUCAGGACCUGGCCAACAAAGUCUUCACACACAUCAGGUCUUCAAGAAGCCUCUACAUCAUGUGCCACAUACCAGUUUUCUGCUGGAUUACAGCCACUGUUCUAGAGAGAAUGCUGAGUGAAGCUGAGAGUGGAGAAAUCCCCCAAACCCUGACGCAAAUGUUCACACACUUCCUGAUCUUUCAGAUCAAACACAAGAGCCAGAAGUACAGUGGGGAAAGUGACAUUAAUCCUCAGCAGACUAGGAAAAGUAUCUUGGCUCUGGGGAAACUGGCAUUCCAGCAGCUGGAGAAAGGAAACCUGAUCUUCUACGAGGAAGAUCUAAGAGAGAGUGGCAUCAAUAUUAGAGAAGUGUCAGUGUACUCAGGAGUGUGUACCCAGAUCUUCAGAGAGGAACUUGAGCUGCAUCUGGGGAAGGUCUUCAGCUUUGUACACCUGAGUGUUCAGGAGUUUCUCGCUGCUUUAUAUGCAUUUCUCAAUAGAAAAAUUCCAAAAGAACAAUCCACUGAACAACAAACCAGUAAACUCUUCAAGUUUUUCAGCAAGUCAACUAUGACUGACUUUCUCAGCUGUGCCAUAGACAGAACUAUACAAAGUGAGAGUGGACAUCUAGACCUGUUCCUUCGUUUCCUUCUGGGUCUCUCACUGGAGUCUAAUCAGACUCUGUUGCGACUCUUACUGACCCCAACAGAGAGGAUCUCUCACAGCAAUGAGGACACAGUCAAAUAUAUCAAGAAGAAAAUUGAAGAGAACUCAUCUCCAGAUAAAUCCAUCAAUCUGUUUCACUGUCUGAAUGAACUGAAUGAUCUUUCUCUAGUGCAGGAAGUGCAGAAAUACCUGAAUAGAGGUAGUGGCCAUUGUCUUCAACAGGUCAGACUCUCUCCUGUUCAGUGGUCAGCUCUGGCGUUUGUGUUGGUGAACUCGGAAGAAGAGCUGGAGAAGUUUGACCUCAGUAAAUAUGAUCCAUCAGAGGAGUGUUUUCUGAGGCUGCUGCCAGUAGUUAAAAUAUCCAGAAGAUCCACUCUAACGUUGCACUGGGUGAUUUGA